UUCGAGUCUUUAUCACCUUUUCAACUUCUCUGUACUGUUUAUUGUAGAAGUGUUGUAGCAAUCAGUCUCAAGUUCCGACCUCCAUCUUAUAUAUCUUCUUCCUGCUGCUUCACUUUCUUCUAUGUUGCAUUAUACCGGGAUGAGGGAUCACAGUGUUUAUUCAUUGGAAGUUAUGGCUCAAUAAACGAGUUAAACUUAACCCUCUUCCCUUUCUGGUUUGAUUUCUUCUCUUUCUUUCUUCUAGCCCUUACCCCAUCUCUCAUUUGUCCUUCAACGUUCCAUCAUCUCAGUCUCAGAACACGAGAGUGAAAGGACACCUUUUUAUAAUACUUAAUAAAUACUGUCGUUCAAUUACUGAACUCCCCUUUGCUUAUUCGGUUAUAUAUACAUACAAAAGCUAUAGAAUUUAUCAAUCCUUUAUAUAUUUGGUCAUCCAUCUUUAGCUCUGAAAGUUGUCAUAUUUCAAAACAUUGUCUCACUCUCUCUAAAAAUGGGAUUUGGUCUCAGUUUCAUGUAUUGCCAGAAGCCUCCCUCUCUCUCUUGUUUCUUUUUCGUUCUUUUAAUCAUAGCCUCAACACAGAUGGGAUUCAAGGCUGAAGGAAGAGUAUAUCUCAAAUCUUUUCACUUCUCUCAGAAAGUGGAGGAGGAUAACGCUUUUAUGGUGGUAGAAAUAGGGUCAAGGCCACCGAAAUGUGACUUAAAGUGCAACUCAUGUGGGCACUGUGAGGCCAUCCAGGUGCCUUCAAAUCCUGCACAAAAUGGAAGGGCAAACUCUUCAACAGUCGCCUACAACGUCGCCAAUGCAAGAGGAGAUGACACCACUAACUACAAGCCCAUGAGUUGGAAGUGCAAGUGUGGCAAAUACAUCUUCGAUCCAUGAUCACUGUCUUCAAAUUUCAACUAACUAGGUAAAGAAUAUCCAAUUUUUUGGGGAAAAUAUUAAGUCAGAAAAAAUCUUUUCUUGGGAUAUUUUCUUAGUUUACAUGUAUAGUAGGAGGACUCUUCUAGGUCCUCUAGUCUAACCAGUCUUCUUAUCAUUUCUUUCUUUCUUUCUUACAGAGAUAUAUUAUCACUAAAGUUCUGUAUUAGUUUGGUUA